AUUUCCUCCUUCCUUUUAUAUCUAUGCUGUCGCAAAUUAUCACUACAGCCAAGGGUACACAGAAUUCGACCCAUCCCCACCAGAGGCUUCAACUGCCGAAAAUUCCAAAAUGGUUACCGCCACUCGACGAAGAACGAUUGAACCGAUAGAAGAUGUUGAGACAAACGGUGUAAAUGAAAUCAAUGGAAAGCGCAAGUCGCAGCCUGCAAAUCCGACAAAUACUGAACCACAGAGCAAUAAACGGAGAAAGAAGAGCACGCCACCAGCCAUCGACCAAAAAGAGUUGACGGACGCAAAGGAUGAAGGAACAGUGCCACUGGCGAAGAAGAACCACUUUCGAUUCGAUAGCGAAGAACCUGUCUUGCCAGAUAUUGCGGAACCAGAGGAGGCGGACGAGCCAACGGCCGUACAAGAUGACGAGGAGAAUAGCAGUGACGACGAGGCUCCAGAGACAGUUGACAACUCUGCGCAACUUUCCAGAAUAAUGUCAGCGGCUAGAAAACAAGAAAGAGCAAGGCAAAUGGAAGAGCAAUUAAAGAAGGAAAAGAGACGACAGUUCGACGAAGCACGCAAAUUGCAGGCGAAAUCCUCAAACAAACGAAAACAAAUACCUGUGCCUCGACUGGGAGCCGGCUCCCCUACAGAUGAUUUGGUAUCUGAGAGUUCAGAGACACUCCAGGGCUCCUUCACGCAAGAUUCUCGACACCCGACUCUCCCCACACUCCUCCCUGAUGAGAUUCUGAAUGCCGUCCCCGCGAUACGGCCCCCAACGCCGCCGGCUGAAACCUUCAGUGUUUCUCAGAAGAAACCCACCAAAUUGAGAUUCCUUGACAGAAAGGAAAAGGCACCCAAGGAUAUCAAAAUGGGCGACGUUGCUAUUCGUGUGCUAGGCAGUGGCGCUCGAAAGCAGCCCAAUUCAGCCCUUCCCCCGAAGGCAUCAAAAUCCGGACGGAAUGCGAAAGAUAUGUGGCUAAAGCAAGCUCGCAGUACAGGCCAUGUCAACGGACUGAGGAUGACGAGUGGCGGCUCUAAGGGGUUUGUUCGGAAGUGAUUAUCGCUUCGCUCCGAAUCAUCGAGAUGCUGUACCCGCAUGACUAUUAAUCUAGAGAAAAGCCAUCGAGUCGAUUUUUCGCCUAGGGCAAAUGCGAUACUUAAAUGUGGAAGUAUUGUCAGCAACCAUGUGAUUUGGUCCCGGCUUUUUUUGUUGAACUUUUGAUCUCCUUGUUAAUUUUUUUUUUCCUGGUGUAAAUUUUAUUCCUACGGCGUUUAUCAAGGGCAUACUUCUGUACAUGUGGAUGACGAUUGAUUAUUGUCCUGCAGAAGGACCGAAAUUCUAGGAAGCACUAAAAGUCUGCUUUCUUUUUCCUUGCUCAGAUAUAUUGUGAUUAUUCUUAUUAAAUUGCCAUCAAGAAUACCUAGGUACCUACUACCUAGUAGUGUUAUACUGGUUCGCGGAUUUGGUAGAUUCAAUGGCAUUAAUCUGUG